AUGUUUUCAGACAUCGAACUCCACGCAUCUUCGGGUGCAACUUCCUCUAGAAGUAUCAAAGCUGCCAAAGACACUGAAAACCUGUCGUUCAGUGUCGGCGACUUGUCCGCGAAGCUAGAUACACGACCAAAAUCGUUCGAUUUGAGCUUUUAUGCCAAAAAGAAGCUCAUGACGAAGCUGGGAUGGCGGUCUCUCGGUGUCGGUGACAAGGUAUACGGACUUGUGGAAAGAUUCGGACCACUCGUGAAGAACGGGCAGAUGUGGAACAACGACGGCGGAACUGGGUCCGAGUUGACAUACAAGAACAUUCCAUUUUUCAUCACAUCAGCUGGCUAUGGCGUCUUCAUACCGACGUCGAGUUUCGAGUCAUUAGAAAUUCAGUCAGAGCGGACAACGCGAAUCAACAUCUCCACUUUCGACCUUUGGCUAAGCACAAGCUUCACUACCAACUAUGAUGAGCAUACCGUGAACUCAUUCCUAGAGGGAAUGGAGAAGCGCGAGAUCCCGUUAGCGUCUUUUGAGUGGUGCGAUUACGAGUUCGACAAGGAGUACUUCCCGGAUGCUAAGGGGCAGCUUGCGCGGCUCAAGGCGAAGGGGAUUCAUAAAGUUAAAUCUUCGACGAAGCUGCUAAAAAAGGCUACUUUAUCAAACGUUCCGAUGAUUCGAUUUGGCAAUAUGAUUACUGGCUUGCCGAGUCACCUCAAGCAGUGGCAGAACAAUAAUGCAGGGAUGGCCUUCAUAGAAUUCACGAAUCCAGACACCUGCAAAUGGUACCAAGGCAAAUUCCAAGCCCUCGUCGACAUGGGCGUCGACUCCUUCAAAACCGACUUCGGCGAACGCAUGCCCACCGGCGACACCAUGUACUUUGACGGCUCUAGCCCAGAAAAACUGCACAACUACUACUCAUACCUCUACAACAAAGUAACCUCCGAGGUGUUAGAAAAGAGCUACGGCAAGAACAACGCCGCCCUCUCCGAAGCCAUGGCCGAGACUCCGCGCGGCGGGCUAAGCCUCGCACUCUCAAGCUUCGGCUACUGGGCGCACGACCUCGGCAGCUUCGAAGGGAAUCCCGAUCCCGCGCUCUUCAAGCGCUGGAUCGCCUUCGGCCUCUUCUUCAGCCACUCGCACCUCCACGGCAGUGGCAGUUUCCGCGUCCCAUGGCUCCUCGACGAGACCGGCGAAGCUGACAAAGUCCUAAAGCACACGCUGAUGCCCUACCUCUACGCCCAAGCCAUCCACACCCACCGCACUGGCGUGCCUAUGCUGCGCGCAGCCUUCCUCGAGUACCCCGAGGAUCCUGCGGUUUGGUACCUCGAUACGCAGUACUUCCUCGGCUCGAUCCUGCUCGUUGCGCCUGUCUUUACUGAAGACGGAUCUGUGACGUAUUAUAUUCCUAAGGGCGAGUGGUACGGACUGCUCGAUGGGAAGAUCCGCACUGGGCCGGGCUACGUGACUGAGACACAUGAUUUCUUUAGCUUGCCUGUGCUGCUGCGGCCUGGUGCGGUGGUGGCGCAGGGGAAGGUUAAGGAGAAGGUUGUAGUAGUGGGAAGAACGUUACGGUGAGCGCGGUGAGUGGGGCUGUAACGGGAGGGUAUGAGAUUAAGGUUGUGGAUAGGAAUGUUGUGGAGAAGGGCGUCAAGGGGGCUGAGGUGGUGAGAAGGUGGCGAAGGUUAGGGAGGGGGUGAAGGAGGUGGCGUUUGAGUUGGAGUAGGUUGACGAAUGAGACUAGUGAAGAGGUUGUCAUUUUAGUGAAAUGGGCCUCUUUCGAUACCUUUGUGCGCCAUAAUCUUAACAUUUAGGCUCGAUCUAGAGGAUGCUGCUUGAAUAUCGUGGCUUGGGUUGCCUUUUCCACGCUCUUCAUUCACGGAGUGCUGUUUAUGACAUCGUUGAGUGGAAUGCUCUGGGAGGUCUGAGGGAAUCUUAGAACAUUGCCUUCGUGCGCAAUUAUUUUAGCAUUUGAGCUU